AUGGGAGUCAAAAGCGAAGAGACCGUGAAGCAUUGUCUGGACAGUCUAAGACAGAGACAAGAAGUACUUGGUUCUUCUGAAAAACAAGUUCAACUUCGCAUCGAUGCUGUAUUUAUCCUCAAUGUCUCCUAUGAACUGAUUGAACAACGUGGGAGGUUAGUGAGAGAAGACGACUCGAAGUGGUGGCUGAGACUAAAAUUUGUUUUCGUGGAAGAUCUGACUGUGGUUCGAGUUGUUUCAAUACUUUCGAUUGAAUCAACCAUAGAAAUUAAAGAAAGAGAAGAGGCAUUCUGGGGAGGGAGAACAGGCUCGUCAAUAAUAGCACUGGUUCAGAGGAAAGUAAGGCCGAUGUGGAAGGCGUACAGAGCAGUAGCAGAAGAAAAUGCGGCUGUAUCGGAAAAUAAUGGAGGGUUCCUCAAAGGAUCAAUCUAUCGUGAUUGGCGUCGCCUGGGGAAAAAAGAUGAAUUUAUGCAAGAAGUUGUCAACGUACAGACCGAUACAGCCACAGUUCAUGUUAUUGGGAAAACAAUGGCAAAGAUCGAUGGACAUGUGGUUUAUGGAGUUAUCGAGGAAGGAGGAAGAAUAGUUGAAAUCGGAAGACCACUAGCCGCAGAAGAAUUGGAAGAGAGAUUGAGAGGACAAAGACAUCAAGAAGAUCGGAGAAGACAACCAGGAAUCAAAAUUCAUCCUGCAUUUGGAGGACAAAAAAGACGUCAUGAUGGGCUGGGAUCAUUCGGAGGGUCCGCAGCUUUUCUACCAUAUGAAGUAUCAGGAGGACCAUCAGGACUCUCUGAAGACCAGCAAGACUUGGGAGCAUCAUCAGCGUUCGAAGCACCAUCCUUACUCAUGGGACCACCACCAGGUCUCGAAGGGCAACCACUUCUCCCACCAGCGGUUGAGCAAGCAGCCCAGGAAGACAGAGCCAUCGCAGGAGACCGAGCUGCUUUGCAGGCAAUGGUGGCACCUCCAAACCCGGAACACCUCCUCAACAAUUCAGUCAUGUUCCGUGGUGCAGUGCUUGUGCACGUGUUGACCAAUGUGCCAGUCUCUGUGGCUUACAAUGGGUUCUGCAACCUGUUCAAGAAAACGUUCAUGGAGUACACGGCGUUCGAGUACUUGUACUCGAAAUUGAGGAGCGGAGACCUCGAUUACGACUAUGUAUCACCGCCAAGACGGACCACUAUUACAAUCAACAACCUUCCGGGAACCGCACUGGACAUGAUCACGAAACAUUUGCCUCCAGUUGAAACGUUCCUUCUCCGUGGACAGAACCGUUUCCUCCGCGACUACGUUGACAAUCGCCCUAUUUUCAAGUCCCUUGAGGCUGUCUUCGAACCAGGAAACUGCCAGUUCACAAUGAGUCAUCCUUGGUUUGUGCAUGCCGUCGUGUACCAAGAUCUCCAAGUUGUGGGCGGUGGUUUUGUAUGUUCCGUCACUUGUGGAAGCAAAAGAAAAGUAGUUGAAAACACAUGCUCGACGGAAAUGUUGUUGACCCAACUCCGACUCCACUUGCGUCAUGGACAGUUCAUCAUGAACAGGAUUAUUAUUGAAAAUGGAGGCUGGGAUGACUUCGAAAAAAUUGAACAUCUUUUGAAAAAUCUCAAAGAUAAAUUGAAAACGAAGAAUCUAAAAAUUGUUGCUUCGAAACCAGGAGACGAGAUGAUGAUUCUUGAACACAUCGACCCAGGAUAUCUCGAGGAGCUUGAAAUCGAAAUAAAAGAUUAUCAGAAUCCAAUGACAAAGGAACAAAUCGACUCAAUUGUUGGAAUGACACAAUGGGAGAAAGCUACGACAAAGAUACUCAAAAUCCACGGUCAACAGGGAUUCCCUAUUGAGAGCCUCAUGAAGUGUCCAAAUGUGAAGUUGAUGCUUCUCAACAAGGAACUCCCAAUGGAUGCAAUCAUCUACAUCACUCAAAUGGUCUUCGCGUCAAGUGCUGUGAAGAGGUUCGAAAUUGGAACCAUGUUCCAGCUCAACCCAGACGACAUCUUCGGUAGACUAGAGUUCCUGCCGCCGCGUCCUAAUACGCGAAUCCGAGCGUUUAGAAAUGCACAAAAACAGCGAUAUGUGGUUGAGGUGGGAAUGACAAAUGUUACAAUCUCCAAGUUCAAUUAG